AUGACGUUAAUCUACCCCCCUUCAUAUUCAGGGUACACAUUGCUGUGGAGCGAUAGCUUUGCCGGUUCGGCGGGGACGUUACCCAACCCCAAUACUUGGAAUAUUAUGACAGGGAACCUGGGAGUGAAUGGCGAAUUAGAGACAUACACCAGUUUGAACACAAAUGUUCAGCUGAGUGGCGGCAACACUCUGCAACUAAUUCCAUGGACAGACAGUUCCGUGCCCGGUGGGUGGACUUCAGGCCGGGUCGAGAGUAAGAACAUCAUUUCGCCCAGUAUGGGAGCGAUUACUUUUGCCGAGGCCAGUAUCCGGUUUGGAAGCAAUUCUGUCUCGGGUAAACAGGGUAUUUGGCCAGCUUUCUGGAUGCUCGGCCGGUCGUUCCGAUCGGGGACUUCGUGGCCCGAGUGUGGAGAACUCGACAUUCUCGAGACCAUCAAUGGUGACUUAACCGGCUAUGGCACUGCACAUUGCGGUAGUACCACCGGUGGCAUCUGCAAUGACCCCAACGAACUUGGAGGGAGCAUCACCAUCUCUGAUCAGUCAUGGCAUACAUGGCGCAUAACCUGGGACCGCACCCCUUCUACCUGGGAACUUGAAACUAUUACAUGGUAUAUGGACAACCAACAGUUUCACCAGAUCACUGGUUCUCAAAUUCAUGACUUGAAUACCUGGGCAACGCUAUGUCAUAACCCGCUAUACUUUAUUCUUAAUGUGGCUAUUGGCGGCGGUUGGCCUGGUUAUCCUAACGUCGAAACUCUUGAAGGUUACGGUAGCAUGAUGGAGAUCGCCUAUGUGGCUGUCUACGCAUCUUGA